AUGGCGCACCUCCGUAGAUGCCCGAAUUUUACUUAUCACCCUAAAUGUGCUAGACUUCAUAUAAGUAAUAUUUGUUUUGCAGAUGAAUUAUUACUUUUUGCUAGAGGGGAUGAAGCUUCUAUUCAAACUAUGAUGCAUAUUUUCCAGCAGUUUUCAGAGGCAACAAGUUUGAAAGCUAAUCCUACAAAGUGUAAGGCGUAUUUUGGUGGUACGUGUAAUCCGGAAAAGCGGAGAAUAUUGACAGCAACUAGUUUUAAGGAGGGAGAGCUACCUUUCAAGUACCUUGGAGUACCUCUCUCGAGUAGAAGACUGUCUAUCAAUCAAUGUCAGCCUCUAAUUGAUAAAGUGUUGAACAGGAUCCAACAUUGGUCUGCUAAGUUGCUUAGCUAUGCUGGGAGACAACAAUUGGUCAAAAGUGUUUUGCUAACGAUUUCAGGCUAUUGGAUGCAGGUUUUCCCCAUUCCAAAAAAAGUGAUUACUGCCAUUAAUUCAAUUUGCAAGAAUUUUCUCUGGUCCGGAAAAGCGACUAGUAGGAAAGCGCUAGUAGCUUGGGGAGAGUGUCUGCGACCCUAA